CAUGGCACUGCAAGGAUGGGGAACAAACAGACCAUCUUUACAUCCCAGCAACUGGACGCAUAUCAGGACUGCACUUAUUUCACCAGAAAAGAAAUUCUGAGACUGUUUCAUCGAUACCGUGAUUUAGCUCCACAGCUCGUGCCGCUGGACUACACCAACCAACCGGAGGUGCGUCUGCCAUACGAGCUGAUUGGCAGCAUGCCGGAGCUGAAGGAUAACCCAUUCAGGCAGAGGAUCGCCGAGGUCUUCUCAGAGGAUGGAGAAGGAAACAUGACUUUGGACGACUUUCUGGACAUGUUUUCUGUGCUCAGUGAAAUGGCCCCACGGGACCUGAAGGCGUAUUACGCUUUUAAGAUCUACGAUUUCAACAACGAUGAUUUCAUCUGUAAAUCAGAUCUGGAGAAAACCUUAAAUAAACUGACCCGAAACGAGCUGACGGAGGAUGAGGUGAGGAUGGUGUGUGAGAAAGUGAUUGAUGAAGCUGAUCUGGACAAUGAUGGUCGAUUAUCUCUAGAGGAUUUCCAGCACAUGAUUGUGAGAGCGCCUGAUUUCCUCAGGUAACAGCGAAAAGCUUUUCUUUUCACAAACUUUUUUUAGUGGCUUUCACAAUCUUUUCGAUUGUAAUGGAAUAUCUUGGUUUAAAUAUGACUUAAGCUCUGUUAACAGCAUCUGUGGUAUGAAUAUGAUGACAGUCUGUGGGUCAGUGACUCACUGUUUCUAAGGAUAAUAAUCAUAAUAAUUAAUGUGUUAUCAUGAAACUGGUGUGAUACUAUUCC